CCCAAAAGAAAUUGUGGCUGGAGACAUGUGCUUUCCCUUGAUCAAGAAGAUCAGUGAUCCCUUUGAGCUACUCUUGGUGCUUUCACUUUGCUUCUUGUGCAUUUCAACCACACUAUUCCACUUUGCUUCCACCUCUCUCUCAAUCUACUCUAGGAUUCUCAUAAAAUGACAUUUCCGCGCAAGAAAUAAAGCAGAAGAGUAAAAUCACGUCGUAAUAGCACUUAGAUUAUCUAUGCAGUUAUUGUUACUUCUUUUUGGGACACAUGACCAAGUUUUGCUUCACUUUCUUUGUUUCCGGAGGGAUAUGAGAUGGGCAUUGUCCGCAAACUAAACUAAACUUCUUUCCCACAAACGCGUCACAUGGUAUUGAGUAUUGAUCUCUCUCUUUCUCUGGAAACACGUUACGUUUAUAGACAUGAGAGUUUUACACAGCUUGAGUCUACGCCUCAUCCAACCCGCCAUUCCCUUCAAUUCAUGGGCACAAAUAAGGUGGAAAAAGAAGUUAGUCGAAUCAGCACAAACUCGCUUGGAAGACAGGACUAGAGACACCCAAUUGGACAAGCUCUCGACCCAACUCAGGAAGCUCAACGUAAUCCUUAAACUCCACGAACUCAUGGCCCACAGAAAGCGCGGUCCUUUCGUGUCCGUACAGAUCAUGUCCCGUUGGAGGACCCUCGCGGGGCUGAACGUACGGAUUGGGGAGUUUCUUCACAAGUACCGCCAUGUGUUCGACGUAUUUCCUCACCCGGUAAGGAGAAAACUUUGCUGUAGAAUUAGUAAUAAAAUGUUGGGGUUGAUUAAAGAAGAAGAAAAUGCUGUAAAGAAAUGGGAAAUGGAAGCUGUGAAAAGGGUCAAGAAGUUGUUGUUGAUGUCUGUGAAUGGGAGUCUUCAGGUUUACGCUUUGAGACUGGUGAGUAGAGAAUUGGGUUUGCCUGAGGACUUCAGGGAAUCCAUUCUCGCUAAGCAUUCCAAGGAGUUUAAAUUAGUUGAUUUGGAGGUUGUGGAAGUGGUUGAUGGAGGUCAUGAUGAGGAUUUGGGGUUGGCUGAGAUUGAGAAUUGGCGGGAGAGAGAGUACAGGGAGAAGUGGUUGAGCGAGUACGAGACAAGGUAUGCGUUUCCCAUCAACUUCCCGACGGGGUUUAAGAUCGAGAGCGGGUUUAGAGAGAGGUUGAAGAAUUGGCAAAGGCUUCCUUAUGUGAAGCCUUAUGAGAGGAAAAGACUAGUUCGAGUUCGUUCUUGCGCACGGUACGAGAAGCGGGCUGUGGCAAUUCUUCAUGAGUUCUUGAGUUUGACAGUUGAGAAAGUGGUUGAGGUUGAAAGGUUAGCUCAUUUCCGGAGGGAUUUGGCUAUUGAAGUUAACGUGCGCGAGGUGUUGUUGAACCACCCUGGAAUAUUUUACAUAUCCACCAAAGGGAAUACCCCGAGAGUUUUCCUUAGGGAGGCGUAUAGUAGGGGGUGUUUGGUCGAAUCCAAUCAGAUGUAUGAGGUUCGGAGAAAGAUGUUGGAUCUUAUAUUGAUGGGGUGUCGUCAUACUAAAGAAUUACAAGGUUUCGAUAGGAGUAGAGCAGAAAGAGACAAUGUAGUUUGUAAAGUAAAGGAAGAUGUUAAAGGAGAAGGAGAUUGGGUUAUCCCAAUCUUAGAGAGUUUGAGUGAUGUAAAUACCGAUGAUAGUCCAAGUGAAAUUGUUGAAAGAACAGUUGGAUGAAGUUAAAAGUAAUGCAAGUGACAAAUGCAUAAAAGGAUGAUCGAAAUUCCAAAUAAAGCUUAAUGGUGUCUCUUCUUCAGCUGCUCAUUCUGAAUAUUUCAACAACAUGAAGCGCAGAUCUGCCACAAUCAGUCACGCAAACUAAAUUUUCGGUGGGAAGUGUCUUGAAGCUGUCUUUCUUGCCGCACUCACAUUUUUCACAUAAAUCAUGUAACUUGUUUACUGUACAAUGAGGCAAAUUGUUGUUUAGUUCCUUUCAUUCUAAUCUGAUCUUUUAGUUACCUUACUGGUUGGCCAUAGGGUUAUAACAAGGAAUGUCUUUC